UUGUGUUUGGCAAAUUGGCGGUUGUUUGUUACCUGUUCAGUUAGAAUAAACAUGUGCUGAGUUUUCUUAUUUUAUUUACAUUAUGGCUGAAAAACUCGAGGACCUCAACCUCCCACUUACUGUGGUUACUAGAAUUGUCAAAGAAGCCCUGCCUGACGGUGUAGCGAUAUCAAAAGAAGCUAGAACCGGUCUCGCUAAAGCCGCUUCGGUUUUCGUUUUAUAUGUAACCUCAGCAGCGACGAAUAUAGUAAAAAACAACAAAAGAAAAGCAUUAACUGGCCAGGACGUGUUGGAAGCGAUGGCAGACAUAGAAUUCGAUCGGUUUGUAGAACCAUUGAAAGAAGCGUUAGAACAAUAUAAACAAGUGGCAUUUGCGAAAAAACAAGCUUCGGGGAAGAAAAAGGAUGAGACUGAGGAUGUGGAAAUGGCUGAAGAUGAAUAAUAUUAAAUACGAAGAAAGAGACUUCAAAGUGAUAUUAAGUGGUUUUGUACAUAAGUUGUUCGUUUAUUAUAUGAUAUGAAGGACCAUGUUUAAAAAUUCGUUAUAUGGUUUGAAGUAAAUAAAACAUCGGUAAUUUUUCAUUUACUUUA